GAAUGAUUGAUUAAUUUAAUAAAAGUACGUGUCUGUGAGUUGCUCCUAUGGCGGCGUCUGCUAGAAUUCUGGUGUUAAAACAUCUCCAUGGAAGAACAUCAUGCUAUUUCAACAGUGUACGGAGUAAUCGGAUGGUCAGUAUUAGAGCUUACUCUUCAAAAUUAUCUCCGCCAUCAAAAGGUGUUGUGUAUGAACAAUAUGGAUCACCUGAUGAAGUUACCAGAGUGAUUGAUUUACCUCCAGUUGAAAUUAAAGAAAAUGAUGUAUGUGUUAAAAUGCUUGCUUCUCCAAUUAAUCCAUCUGAUAUCAACAGAAUUCAAGGUGUAUACCCAGUUAGACCUCCACUUCCUGCAGUUGGAGGGUAUGAGGGUGUUGGGAAAGUACAUGAUUUUGGGUCUGCUGUAAAGGGGUUGUCUCUUGGUGAUUUGAUCAUACCAUCUCCUCCUUCAUCUGGAGCUUGGCAGACUUAUGUUGUGAAAGAGGAGAGCCUGUGGCACAAAAUUGAUAAAGACGUACCGUUAGAAUUUGCUUCGACCGUCACUGUAAAUCCUUUGACGGCAUUACUUAUGUUGGAUGACUUUGUUACACUUAAUCCAGGGGAUGCUAUUGUGCAAAAUGGCUCAACAAGCAUCGUCGGCCAGUGUGUUAUCCAGCUUGCAAAACUUCGAGGUGUUCACAGCAUUAAUAUUAUUAGAGACAGAGCUGGGGCAGAGGAUGUGAAAGAAAGGCUUAAGAAACUUGGCGCAGAUGAAGUGUACACGGAGAGCCAGUUGGAAGUAAAAAACGUCAAGGGUUUCCUGGGUGCCUUACCGGAGCCUGCAUUGGGAUUUAACUGCGUCGGGGGUAAUUCCUCUUCUUCAGUCCUCAAAUUUUUGAGGCAGGGUGGGACUAUGGUAACUUAUGGUGGUAUGUCUAAAAAGCCUGUUACAGUAUCUACUUCAGCUUUCAUAUUUAAGGAUCUUACUUUACGGGGUUUCUGGUUGCAAAAAUUGAUGAACACGGAUAGAGCCGUAGACUGCAGAGUUAUGAUAGAUUACCUUUUGAGUCUAAUGCGUGACGGGAAGUUAAAAUAUGAAAUGGAGCUAGUUCCUUUCGACAAGUUCGUUGUGGCAUUGGAUAAAGCACUGGGAAAAUUAGGAAGCCAUCCUAAACAAAUUCUCAAAUUUUAGGUCCAUGAAACAGAAUCUUAGAAGUGUGAUCUUCAUGUUUCAGUUUCAUGGAAUUACUUAAGAUAUGGUGUGAUUGCGUAAAACCAUAGCUUUUCAAGUGUCUACAGCUGACAACUUUUAUUGUUUGACGGGGAAAUCCAAAAUUUAUCCGUAUGAUUGUCCUUGAUACGGUGGGAAACCGGAAGGAAUUUAAUCCAAUGAAAGCUUUUCCAUUUUUUCGGGUUUA